UCCCUUUCUUUCCUCCUGGUCUCUCCUCCCACCAGUACUUAGCGCUGCACCCCUCCCUCUCUUCUCUCGAUUUUGUCGCCCCAACUCGGGGGACAGUAGUAGCUGCUGUCAGGUGCUCUCUCCCCUCCCGACCCCAGUGAUUGUCCCCUGCCUCCCUGAGCCUGCAGCAGCUGGGGACAGAGUGGGUAAAGCCGAGGGUGAGGUUAGAGCCAUAAGUGGAAAGGCUGAGGGGGGCAAGGGGAAGCAGCUGCAGCCCCCGCCCCCCCCCCCCAUACAGCAGCUCCACGAAUCGUGGCGGCGCCUGUGGCAAGAGCUCCACAUUGCCUCCAGGCUGGGGGUGCAGCGUUAAGUGCUGCGUGGGAGGAGGGACCGGGAGGGAAAGAGAGGGACAACAGAAAAGAGGAGAGAGAGAGAACGCGAGCGCCGCAGCCUCUAGACAGAGGAGGGGAGCGGCUGGAAGCCCAGGAGUAGGACAGGGGCAGCAGAGAGGAGUCCGAGCGGUGCAGAGGAGGGUGGCAGCCAAGAGAGAAUAGGGAGAGGGGGAGGGGGGAGAGAGAGAGAGAGAGAGAGAGAGAGAGAGAGGAGAGAGAGAGAGAGAGAGAGAGAGAGAGAGAGAGAGAGAGAGAGAGAGAGAGAGAAAGGGAGGGAGAGAGAGAGCUGGCAGCCAGCGCAGAGACUCAGACUGGCAGCUGGGCAGCCGCCCGGAGGAGAAGGAGCGAGGCAAGCAAAGGGUGAAGGGAGCGGAUAAUCGAGAGAGGCAGGAGGCAGGCGCAGCCGGGCACGCGGCAGACCCACACUGCCCGGGCGCCUCGGGAGCAGAGCCGGGGGCGGCCAGCGGCCCCUCCCUACACAGCAGCCCGAGGCCGAACGGGCACCAGCACGCUGAGGAACCAGGCAGUCAGCCACCGAGCCCGGCCGCCAGCCCCUGGCCGGGGAGCCCGUGGGUCCAGCAGCCUAGCGCGGCGUCCGGAGCUACCGCCCCGAACCCGCCGGCGCCGGCCGGAGGCACCAACGGAGCGCAACGCGAGCCGCCGCCUGAGGGGGACCGAGCUGGGGCGCAGCGCCCGCGGAGCCCAGGGCUCCAGCGCCUCGCCUCGCUGAGGAGGGCCGUGGAGAUGGGCGCUCGCACCUGCUGACAGGGACAUGGGACUCCACUUGCCGUCAGUCUCUGGUGUGGAUUGUAGCGGCCAGGAGCCCCCGAGGCAUCGAGAGAGGCGUCUAGGACUCGGGCUGAGAGCCUGCACUGAAGGCCCUCCCACUUGUUCUUGUGACUCCCCCUGAAAGAAAGCGAGAGAAUGUCCGAGCAAGGGGAAACGACUGCCCAGUCAGCUGAGGCGCCUGGAGCCGAGCAGGAAGCCAGGACCCCAGAGAACGGCAUCAUUCAGUCAGACAGUCUGGAUGAGGAGGAGAAGCUGGAACUUCAGCGGCGGCUGGCAGCCCAGAACCAGGAGAGGAGGAAGUCCAAGUCAGGAGCAGGGAAGGGCAAGCUGACCCGGAGCCUGGCUGUGUGUGAGGAGUCGUCCGGCCGCCCGGGAGCAGAGGGCCUCCAAGAUCAGGAAUCAGUUCAGUUACAGCUUUCCCGACUGCCCAGCCUGCAAGAGGAUGACAAGGCCAGUAAAGAUGGCUCAGAGAGAGAAAGAGAGAAGGAGAAAGCCAAAGAGAGGGAGAAAACCGGGGAAAAGGCCAAGAACCGGAUGUUGUCCAAAGACUGCAGCCAGGAGUACACAGAUUCCACAGGCAUCGACUUACACGAGUUCCUGGUCACCACCCUGAAGAACAAUCCCAGGGACAGGAUGAUACUGUUGAAGAUGGAACAAGAAAUCAUGGACUUCAUUAGUGAUGACAAGAACCAUUACAAAAAGUUUCCUCAGAUGUCAUCCUAUCAGAGGAUGCUGGUACACCGAGUGGCUGCUUACUUUGGAAUGGAUCACAAUGUGGACCAAACUGGAAAAUCUGUCAUCAUCAACAAAACAGGAAGCACAAGAAUACCCGAGCAAAGGUUCUGCGAACAUGUCAAAGAUGACAAGGGCGAAGAAGGCCAGAAGCGGUUUAUCUUGAAGCGAGAUAACUCUAGUAUUGAUAAAGAAGACAAUCAGCAAAACAGAAUCCAUCCCUUUAGAGAUGACAGACGACGUAAAUCUGUGGAGGAGAGAGAAGAGGAGUAUCAGAGAGUGAGGGAGAGAAUAUUUGCACGAGCUUCAGUUUGCUCCCAGGAAAGCCUUUUGGUGGAGACCAGCGGGCUCUCAGAGGCCGGCAACCUUGGCCAGGAAACCUAUAGGAAAAGGCAGCAGUUUAGGGGGAAGGCGCCGGGCAGCCGCCAGAGCAGCACGGACACGGAGCUGAGGUGGCCCGAGUGCCAGAGGCCGUGGAGCAGCACCGACUCGGACAGCUCGAGCCGCAGCCUCAGGCCAGCCAUCACCAAGACGGCCAGCUUCGGGGGCAUCACGGUGCUGAGCAGGGCCGACAGUGCGGCCAGCUCCCGGAGCGCAGGCAAGCUGUCCAAAGCAGGCUCUGAGUCUUCCAGUAGUGCCGGCUCCUCAGGUUCCUUGUCACGAGCUCAUCAGCCUCUCCAAAGCAGCCCUCUCAUCUCUGGAGCUUCUGGUCCAUCUUCAGGCAGUGGGACCUAUUCUGAGAAUGGACAGAGUGGCCAGACGGCCCCUGGCAACCCCAGCUACAUCCUGCUCCCACUUGAAGCUACAGGCAUCCCUCCAGGCAGUAUCCUUCUCAACCCCCACACAGGCCAGCCCUUCGUGAACCCUGACGGGACGCCGGCCAUCUACAACCCCCCCAGCGGCCAGCAGUCUGUGAGGAGUCCAAUGGGGGGCCAGGCCCCGCCGCAGCCUUCCUCCCAGGCCCCUCCACAGCAGAUGGCCGGCCACCUUGUCACGCAGCCUCUCCAGGCUCUGCAGGCUUCCCCCCAAUCCGGCACGUACCCCUCCGUCUCCUAUCCUCCCCAGCAUCUCCUGCCCGUGUCUGCGGUCCAGCCGUUUCCUGUGAGAGAUGACGUGGCCGCCCAGUUCAGCCAAAUCAGCCUGAGCCGACAGUCGUCGGGAGACACAGCCGAGCCUCCGGCUGGCCCCGUCUACCCCCCGCAGCAGCCAGGCUACGUCCUUGCCUCUGCCGGUCCGCAGCUCCCUCCGGGGGGCUUCUCGGGCUCCGGCCCUGCCCUCCCUCAGCAAGUCGUCCAGCCGUCGCCGGGCCCCCCAGGGUUCGCCCAGCCGGCCUCGCCUGCCCAGCAGAUGCCAGUCUACUAUUACCCCCCCGGGCAGUUCCCUACCUCAGCAUCUCAGCAGUACCGGCCAGUGGGCUCUGUCCAGUUUGGUGCCCAGAGGAGUGCCCAGAUGCCCCAGCCCCCGCCACCUCCCGCUGCCCAGCAAGCAGGUUACCAGCCUGUCCUGUCAAAUCAGCAGCAAGGCUUCCAAGGCCUCAUGGGAAUGUCGCAACCACCUCAGAGUCAGAACCUGAUGAGCAGCCCACAGGGGAGUCAGGUGCAAGGCAUGAUGGUCCCUUACCCAGCCAUGUCUUCUUAUCAGGUGUCCAUGCCUCAGGGCUCUCCAGGAGUGACCCAGCAGUCGUACCAGCAGCCCCUUGUGCUCCCCAGUCAGGCAGGCCCGGGAAAUCUCCCUGGCCCCGGCGUGCCUGUCUAUUGCAAUGUCAUACCUCCGGCCGCCCAGGGCAACCUGAGGCUCCUGACGCCCCCCUGCCCCUCGCAGAGCGUCCCCGUGCUCUCGGCCAGCUGCAGGACGACCUGCGCCAGCGCGCACAACCCCGCGUGGCCGGUGAAGUACUAGAGCCCUGGAUGGGGGCGGCGCUCCCUGCUGGGCCGCUGUGUCCUUCCGCCACGCCUGCUGGGGCGGAGUGUCCUUCCGCCACGCCUGCUGGGCGUGCCUUGGGGCUCCUGGAGGCCCCUCCCUCGGGCUGGUUGUGUGGAGUUCCUGCGAGGACCCGGAUGCAGCGACGCUGUACUAAAACCGCUCGUACCAAAGCCGGACGGAGCAGACAACGGAGCUGCCCAGUCGGUAGCCACAGCCGAGUUUUUAGGGAUCGAUGCUGUAUUGUGCUGUUUGAUCCAAAUAAAAGGGGCCGACCUCGUGGAGGAAGGCCCGCUUUCUACCAGG